CCGAAGUGCUAAAUUUGAAACAUUAAAAUAUGGAUCUAUCAAAAUUCUAGUUGAUUUACAAAUUAUAAACACAAAACAAACAAAAUUAAACCAAAAAUAGAAAUGUGAAAUCUUUUGUGAGCUAACAAAUUUCGUCUAUCGCUUACCGGCGAACUAAAUCGGCACUGCAGUGGCUAUUUUAUAUUUGCCCACAUUAAGUCAGCCAUGGAUCAGGAAGACGAAUUCAAGCCUCAGUUUAAGAUAGAUCCUGAUGAUUUACCAAAAAUACACAAAAAAUGCAACCACAACCGUCCACACACCAGUCCACAUGCAUCACCAGAGAAAACAAAUCCGUCUACGUCAGGGCUUCAGACAUUAGAAAGAGACAGCAUGAGAAGACAUGAUGAUGAAACCCACAACGGGAAAGAGAAAGAGAAUGAAGGAUCUAUAUCAGAUUGGGUUUCCGGUGGACCGAUCGGGUCCAAAGGAGCCGUGCUCGUGUUCCGAUCCUGCGUCCUCGCGACCAGGACGCCAUCUGUUGAGUCGACAACUAAAACGGUUGGCAAUAACACCGGUACCACGAUACUCUUGAACAAGGCCAAGAAUAUGGCUAGAAGGUUGGUAGCAGAGCCGCACGCGUUCAGUGUCCGGCCCAAGAACAUCAUGCACGAUGUGAUGGAAACUUUCGGAAAUAGCAACAAAUACACGGGACAAGCGUUCGUAGUGAGACACGUGAGUGAAGCUGAGGUGCCAGAGACCAUGUCCGUAGAUGAUCAGGGCCACGAACGAACCGAACACAAGAGAGACAUCGAUGACGUCCUCAAUGAUUUAAAUAAAAUUACGCUUAAGAAGAAUCUCAAUAUAGAAAAUACAACGGCCAAUAUAAAACCUCCCGACGAUCCCAUGACUGUUAAUAAGGAUAAAGAAGAUAAGAAAGGCAAGAAGAGCAAAGGCAAGAACAAACGCAAGAACACGCACAACCAAAGACCAGUGUCACCGGCGUUGGACAGCGAUGACUCGGAACACAUGUUGGUUAAAGAAGUAGACAGUGUUAAGGUGUUAGAUAGUAAUAAUAUGCCAGCAAGGAUGCUCAAGAUUACAUACAGACUGGUCAACACGGAGACCAAGCUGUUACAUAGACUUUUACAAGCUCACGGCCUUCAGGAAGCGUCCUCGGAAGCAAAGGACUUCAAUCUGAUGUGGGCGGGGCUGCAUCCCAAGCCGGACGUGUUGAGGUCGCUCACACCCUACCAACGCGUUAAUCAUUUUCCUAGGUCCUACGAACUCACUCGGAAAGACAAACUGUUUAAGAACAUAGAAAAGAUGCAGUACUUCCGUGGACUGAAACACUUUGACUUCAUCCCCACCACCUUCCUGAUGCCCAACGAGUACAAAGAGCUGUGCACGACACACUACAGGACGAAGGGGCCGUGGAUAGUCAAGCCGGCCGCGUCCAGCAGAGGGCGGGGCAUUUACAUCGUUAAUACGCCCGAACAAAUACCGAAGGGUGAAAAUGUCGUCGUUGCCAAAUAUAUAGACAAGCCGCUGCUCAUCGGCGGUCACAAGUGCGACCUCAGACUCUACGUGUGCGUCACCUCCAUUGACCCCUUACUGAUAUAUCUGUACGAAGAAGGCUUGGUGAGAUUCGCGACCGUCAAAUACGAUAAGACGAACAAGAACCUGUGGAACCCCUGCAUGCAUCUGUGUAACUACAGCAUCAACAAGUACCACACGGAUUACAUCAAGUGCGACGACCCCAACGCCGGCAACAUCGGUCACAAGUGGACGCUAUCAGCUUUGCUGCGACAUCUCAGGAAGCAGGGGCGGAACACGUCGGCGUUGAUGGCGGCCAUUGAAGAUCUGGUGGUGAAGUCUAUCUUAUCAUCAGCACAGACCAUCACCGCGGCUGCCAGAGUGUUCGUUCCCAGCCUCUUUAACUGUUUCGAACUCUUCGGAUACGACAUCCUCGUAGACGACAUGCUGAAGCCCUGGCUGCUGGAGAUAAAUCUGUCACCGAGCCUGGCGUGUGAGAGUCCUUUGGAUGCGAGGGUGAAGUCCGCCCUUCUAGCGGACACCCUGACGCUGGUGGGUCUGCCGGCUGUGCCCGGCAACAGACAGGAACAGCUGGGACCUCAAGCGACCUCCCUGAAGAUGAGGAUCGGAGCUUGUCGCCGCGUUCACUCUGCUGAGAACGCAUGCGUGAGGAACAAGAGUGGGGGGCCGGGGGCGGGGGCGGGCUCGGGGGUGCCGGGCGCCGGGCCUCUGGGAAACCUCCUCACGGGCGAGGAGCUGAGGAUAGUCCGAGCCGUGAGGGCGCAGUACGCCAGGAGGGGGGGAUUCGUUAGGAUCUUCCCCUCGCAGAACAGCUGGCAGAAGUACUCACAGUAUUUAGACCCGGUGACCGGCAUCCCGGUCUGCUCGACGUCUCUCAACAACAACACGCCGUAUACCGUCAUACAUAACUACAAUCUGUUGGUCCACUCGCACGUGCUGCCGCACUUCCAGCACGCGACCGUCGCCACCAGCCUCACAGACACACCGGAGAGAUUGAAGCGAUAUGAGGCAGCCUGUAUAGCGGGUGCUGCGCCCGCCGUUCAGCUCUCAGAGCCGGCGACCCCGGCGCCCCGGGACGCCAGGAGGGCUAAGGACCUGGUCAAGAGACAGCUGGCCGAAGGAAUGACGCUCACUCGAGGCGAGGUCCGUCGUGCGUUCGGUAUGUACCUGACGCACGUCCUGAAGCGCAUCUCGUCCCCCUGCACGGAGCAGGGCGCCCAACACGCCGCGCUGGUGCUGCGCUUCCUCCGCCGAGCCUCCGCUUCACUCCGCAUGCCAUAUAAUGUAAAGGGUCCACCGGCGAAGAUGUGCGACAAGGACCGGUGUGCGGUGAUCGCUAAGCAGCUGAACGACUUCCUGUACAUGUACUACAGGGAGACGGACCUCUACACCGACAGCGAGGACAAGGCCGGCUGCGUCUCCAACAUACACUUCGCACAGUUCCUCUACUCCGCCAGCGAGGCGGACCUAGAGGACGUGCUGUUGCUGCUCCUCCGCAUGGAGAACUACGUGGCCACGUUCCUCGGGGACGGCCGCUCCAGCACCUUCUGUGUGGACGUGCCGCCCUCGCGACGACCCCUCGACCCGCCGCGGCACACGCUGCUGAGGCACCUCGCCGCACUCGCUCACGUCAACUGCAGGAAAUACAGACCGGAAACCGAAACGUCCAGUCGUUCCGAGGCGGAGGAGCCCUCGUCCACGGACUCGGUGCCACCUCCGCCCUUCACCAGCUCCGACGUGAUGCUGAAGGAUUCGCUUAAAGAGGAGAAACCGCACAAUCUAGCGCUAAAGUAUGCGAGGUCAUAGCGAAGGACCGACCUUUAGGUAUUAAAAAUUGAAUUAGAAAACAAAUAUUGGGCUGUGUUUCCAUCGUUGUGAAGGAGUCGGUACGGAAUAAAAUCUCAUGAAAAAAAUAUUUCAAACAUAACGUCUGUGAACACACCUUUACCAUAGAGAAACUUGUACGAGUCGCUUCCUAGCUUUAGACACGAGUCUACGAAUUAUGAAUAUGCACACGAGCACUUGAUACACUCUUAACUCUCACUCAUUAAAAAUAAUAUCUGAGUUACCAAACUUAGUUACUCGAGAAUUGUCAGUAGUUUUUAUAUAAAAAAAUUAUUAAUUUUUAUGUAAGUGUGUUCUUGUCAUACAGGAAAUGAGUUCCUCCUCAAAAGGUAUUAAAGUAAUUCUAAAAAAUCUGUCAUACACCAACUUGAGGUUUAUCAGCAGUCGGUUAAACGAGUAUUAAGAAAGGUUAUGUUUCAGUAUUAAGAAAAAAGGAUUUAUUUGUAGCUCAUUUUACAAUUAUUUUUUUUAUAUAACGAUGUGAUGUUGUCGGUGAUUUAAAAUUGGGUGAGGCCCGAGAUGCCUUCCAUAUUGGAACCGUACAAAUGUGCUUAUAGAUUUAAAAUUAACUGUGAGGUAAGCCAAAGACACGGUAUAUUCACUAGCUGGCACUCGACUACUUAACGUUACGGAAGGUGCUAUGAGGAACGGACGGCGGACUCGGGUCGCGUCACGAACGGUUGUCGAAGGUUUAAAAUGAUAUUAACUAGACUGAGCUAGCGGUAGAUGUGUACUUAAAGGAAACGUAUGAGAAGUGCUCUUUAUUUGUACAUAAUUUUAUGGUUCCGUUAGAGACCGCCGAGUCUUUAUAAUAUGGACGUUAUCUGAAUAUCUUAAGGUAUAUUUUCAGUUGAAGUCAUCUCGCGGUAGUCUUAACUUUUUUUUUAUCUCGUCCCUCUGCCGGUGGUUCAACAAGUGAUUCUAGUCCUCGGAGUAACAAUUUAUUAUAUUUUAAAAUAGUAUUAAAACGAACUUUUAAUAGAAUCGUUAUUAUUUUUGUUGUUUUUAACUACAGAUGUUUUAUUAUGUGAUGCGAGCUUUUUAUUUAUUAAACCGAUGUUACGACACCAAAGUAUUCUGUUGGCAGCCGAGCUGGUUCAUAUUCUCUAACGUAUUUAUUGUACCGGAGCGGGUCAAGGGUCGCGCUCGCGGGUCAAGGGCGAACAAUAUUUUUAUAACAUUUUAGUUGAAACAUUUUAAUGAAUCUGAAAAUGUCUCUUCGGUGAUUUAAUUUUAAGCUAAAUUAAGAAUUUUAAACGUUCUGUGAAGCUUGGGGCGGACGAGGCUUGCUCGAGUACAAAGUGAUAAUUAAUGAAAUUCUCAAUGCAAUUUUAAUGUAAUCUGUGAAUAUAUUUUCAAUACGUGACGCUGAAUAAAUGAUGAAAACCAA